GCGUAACUCGUCGAUACCCUAAAACUGAUUUCAUUUAUGUGAAGGCAAACAAUUUGAGUAAUUAAACUGGAGAGGAUAUAUGCAUAUAUAUUUAUACCUGUUUUGCAUGAUUGACAAACUGACACAUUGAUGAUCAAUGCAAAAUCCAAUUUGUUAAAGCGGUUGACGGUCCAGAUAUGGCUGGAAGUGUUAAGGCAAAGAAGAAAUCCAAGACAAAUACUUUUAUGGAACUAGCUGAGAAAUUUGAGCAGCUAGUGAAACAACCGGAUCGCUAUCUAAAGCCGCAGCCGGAAUCAAUUGAUUCCAUACAUCAGCUCAUACAGCAAACGUACAGCGUCUGUCUCAGCAGCGAUGUGGAUAAAAAUGGGGACAUUCCGUCUGAACUUGUGUUGGAGCACAUGGACGACGAACAAGUCUGGCAACAGCUUGAAAUACGCAACAAUUUGGUGCUGGAUAAACUUUUAAAACAAACCGCUCAAUUUAUAGCAAUGGGAGAACAGAAUUUGGGCAUCGAGCUCGACGAUGAUGAAGAUUCAAAUCAACAGCUAAGUGAGCAAGAAAGUGAUAAAGAGGAAACUGAAGAUGAUAAUGAUGAUGAGGAACACUCUGAGUUUGAGGAUUCCGGCGAUAUAAGUAAACAAACACUAAACCUACAAUCGAAGCAAAUUAAGCCGAAAUAUGGCAAAAGAGGCAAAGGCUCUGUGGUAGAUGAUACUUUUUUUAAACUGGACGAAAUGGCAAAAUUUUUGGAGCAGGAAGACGCUAAAGAGAUGCGAAAACAAAAGAAUAAGAAACCAGUUGAAGACAUAGAUGCCAUUAAUCAUUUUGCAGAAGAUUUUGGAGUUGCAGAUGAUUCAGACGAUGAUGAGGAUGGAGCUAAUGCGAACUUCGCCGAUUUCUUCGAGAUGGACGAUGAAUUGCAGGAAGAGUCACUGAAGAGAGGCACGCAAAAAGAUUUCUUCAAUGAAAGCGACAGUGAGCCAGAUCAAGACGAAGACGAGGGGGAAUCAAAAGAGCAGAAUCCUUUGGAACCUGAGGAUGACAUGGCAAGCGAAAUUGAUGAACAUGACUUUGUGGCUCAAAGUGGUGUGCAGUCAGCUAGCGAUUCCGACUCCGAAUCGAACCAAUCUAAGAAUGGAAACGCAAAAGAUGAAGAUGACGAAGUCGAGCACGAUGAGGAUGAAAAUGAUGCAGAACAAUCUAAAACGCAAAUGCAGUCGUCAAAUGAAUUGCGUGAGGCGAGACUUCUGCAGCGCAUUCGCGACUAUGAAGACGUGGUGCUUGGCGAGAAACCGUGGCAGCUUAAAGGCGAAGUACAAGCAGCUAAUCGACCUCAAAACUCGCUGCUGGAAGAAAUACUCGAAUUUGAUUCGACGACACGACCUUCGGCUCCAUUAACAGAUGAACAAAAUCAGACCAUUGAGGAAAUAAUAAAACAGCGCAUACGCGAUAAGGCUUGGGACGAUGUGGUGCGUACGGUGCGGCCAGUGCAUACGCCACAGGAAUACCGAAAGCAACUUGUGCUUGAUCAGGAAAAGUCUAAGCAAUCGCUCGCGCAAAUUUACGAACAGCAAUACCAUCGCGAACUGGACAAAUUAGACCCCAACCGCGAUGAUGGCGACAGCACGGCUCCAGAACCAAAGGAGCAUCAAGAAAUUAAGCGUGCAAUGCGCUCACUCUUCCUUAAGCUGGAUGCACUUUCCAAUUUCCAUUUCACACCCAAACCAGUUGCACCCGAAGCCAAGAUUGUCACCAACACGCCCGCUGUCCACAUGGAAGAGGUUGCUCCGCUGGCAGUUAGCGAUGCCAAACUACUCGCUCCGGAGGAGGUGUUCCGUGGGCCCAAGCAUACGCCAAUGGGCAAGACAGAACGCACACGCACAGACAAAAACCGCGAACGCCGAAAGAAGAAGCAAAAACAGCGUGCCAUUAAUACGGCUAUAGAAAUGCGAGAUCUGCAACGUGCCAAGGAGGGCAAGGCACCUACUCAACGGGAGGCAAAUGCUAAGCUUCUGAAAACGAUUACAAAGAGCCGAAAUGUGCAAAAGAUUACCACCAGCAAUGAUCAGAGCGCGUUGAAAUCCUCAAAGGCAUUCUUUAAUAAACUGCAAGACACAACAUCGUCCAUGUCCGCAACUGCUGGCAGCAAACGUCCCAAAAAGGACACAUCCAAAGUCAAUGCGAAAAAACUAAAAUUGUAAAUACAUAAAGAAAAACUUAUAAAUGUUAAUUAUAUUUGUGAAGCUUUUCAAAGCGAAG